CAGCUGCACUUGUUCUUUGUUUACAGUAUUACUGAAUAGAAUACUCAGAAUGUGCGGUGUAUGUUAUAAUAAAUAAGUACAAAUAAUGUAAGUUAUUAUAAAAACCAGUUUGUACGUGAUAUGACAAGCAUUGAAACAGCAAUGGUCUGGUUAGAUUUUAAUGCAGACAGAAAAGAAACUGUAAGACAGCCUGUGCUAGAGAACAGCAGCGGCGGAAGGCUUGAUGUGGUGUCGGACGAAGCAGAAUUUGAGCUGUGGGAUUCUCAUUUUAUGCUGCGCGGGGACCAUGAGCCUGACCUAGGAAACAACCACAAAAGUGGCAACUGCGUUCACAGGUGGGGUCCCCGCGGCUGGUGCAAGCCCUCCUGCAUCCCCAUCUCCAUCAUCCUGGUGCUGAUUGUGUUGGUGGUGCUGCUGCCGCUGCUGGACCAGGCCGAGAGGCUGCAGGCCCACGCGGAGCAGGCAGCCGUCGCAGCGGAGUGCUCCCAGUCAUGCAGACUGAGCUUAGUGGAGAGCAUACCUGUGGGUUUGGUGUACGAUGGUGGGGCGACGCCACACCCGUCCACCUUCCACACGUGGAUGAACCUGAUAAACAUGGCCGAGUCCUCCAUCAAAAUCGCGUCCUUCUACUGGACCCUGCGUGCUUCCGACGUCUACAACGACCCUUCUGCUGCCCAGGGUGAAGAGGUGUUCACGGCUUUGCUCAAAGCGGGAACCGAGAGAAAGAUCAACGUCCACAUUGCCCAGAACUACCCGACCCAGACUCAGCAGAACUUGGACACUGCGUAUCUGGCAAAGAAGGGUGCAGCGGAGGUGAGGAGCCUCAACUUCCCCCGGCUGCUGGGCGGGGGCGUCCUGCACACCAAGUUCUGGAUCGUGGACGACCGCCACCUGUACGUGGGCAGCGCCAACAUGGACUGGCGCUCGCUGACCCAGGUGAAGGAGCUGGGAGCAGUGGUUUAUAAUUGCACCUGCAUUGUUUCCGAUGCACUAAAACUUUUUGAUGUGUACUGGAGUUUAGGCGAGCCAGGUGCUGUUAUUCCGGCUGAAUGGCCGGCCAACCUCUCCACUGUGUUCAACAUAGACUCUCCCAUGAACAUAUCCUUCAACGGAAGUGAGGUCCAAACUUAUCUGGGGAGUUCUCCUCCAGCGUUUUGCCCGGAAGGUCGUUCCACUGAUCUCACAGCCGUAUUGAACGUCAUCGCAUCUGCGGAGAAGUUCAUAUACAUUGCUGUCAUGGACUACAUUCCCAUGACAAUAUACACGGCCAAAAGAAGGUUCUGGCCGCUGAUCGACGACGCGCUGAGGGCCGCGGCGAUCGACGACCGCGUGCACGUACGGCUGCUCAUCAGCCACUGGAACCACUCGCAGGCGGCCAUGGGGAACUUCCUGCAGUCCACGGCGCGGGUCAGCAACGCCUACCCGGGGGUCUCCGUGGAAGUCAGGUUGUUUGUGGUGCCGAGCAACGAACAGCAAUCCAAGAUACCGUACACACGAGUAAACCACAACAAAUACAUGGUCACUGACAACACAGCAUACAUUGGGACGUCCAACUGGUCCGGGGACUACUUCGUGGACACGGCCGGCGCCAGCCUGGUGGUGAAGGAGCCGGAGGACGGCACGCAGAACCAGUCGAGCGUGCGCGCCCAGCUCCAGUCGGUGUUCGAGAGGGACUGGAACUCGGCGUACGCGCGCCCGCUCGAGGACACGUGAUGCGGGCUGCGUGUCGCGGCUCCUCGCCCCCUCCCCAUCUAGUUCCAGACCCUUCCGCCUCCUUGCGAGCGACAGCGCGACGGGGAGAGACCCAAACUAGAGGCAGCCCGCAAUCAACCCACUCUUCCAGUUGUGAGGUUGCUGAUUGCCAAGCCGAUUUGCAAACCAAGCAGUUUCACUAAAUUCAGGGUUGAAACCAGAAUUUUAUUUAUUUUGAUUUGCGUGGAAGGGGGGGGUGUGUAUAUUUUAUCUGUCAAAAAUUUUUAAGUCUUAAUGUUUUUUUUUUAGACCAAAAAAAAUUAAUUUUACAGUUUUUAAAGUAAUUUUUUGUGUGUAGCCUAGGACAAACUGUAGGAGACACUGUUUUUAAUCCGGGCCUGAGCCAUCAUCUGACCAUGUCCCUCUGCCCAGAAUAAGACUUCAUCACAGAAUAGGUUAAUUUCUGUGAUUAUUAUUUUGGUUUGUGUUGUGCCACUUCUGUUUGGGCUUCAUUCAAAAAGUCAAAGCAAAGAAAAUAAGUAAAACGGUACAAUGUUGCGGUUUGGGAUUGCUGGCGAUAACUGCUUCGUCAGAUAGAUUAUACGAUCAGUCAUCGCACGUUCACAUUUUUUUCCAGUCGCUUCGUAGAUUUUAGCAAACUGGUCGGUAGUCACUUACCAGUAAAAAACACAUGGACCGAUUUUUUUUUUUCCUUCAAAAUGUUCCUUGCUGUAAAUAUACAAUUUUUGGUAAUGCAUUAUACAUCUAACAGCAGUCAGUUUUCUCCAUUUUAACAUGUUUUAUCUUAUAGUUAAAAGGUCAUUCAUUGUUGCUUACUGACAUAAAAUAUUUAAAUAUUAUAUAUAUGUAUAUUAACAUAUACAUAAAGUAUUGAAAUAUGUGAUAUUUUGUGGUGUUUGACAAAGGCACAAUUUUUAUAUUCCACACUAUUAAGUGUAAUUUUUAAUAUAUGUAGAUACAUUUUUAUGCACAUAUUGAAGCAAUGCCAAUUGUACUUAGGCAAAGUAUUUAACCCUAUUUAGUAAAUAGAGUUACUGAUUUUUUUGCACACUUCAAAAUUUGUGGAUAUUUUCUAAUGUAUGAAAUUUCAGUGCUACCAAGUAUUACAGAAGUUCAGUAAUUAUUACUGAUAAACGUUCCAUUACGGAACCACCGAGUUUUAUUUAUUUGUUACAGACGCGAAUAAAUUUAAAGAGGAUUUAGAAUUAGCGGUUGUCUAGUUGUUCUGAGACAUUUUUGGGAUGGCGCAAUACAUUUUGUAUCCUAAAUCUCGCGCAUGUAGCCGAUUAGCAGUGUCCAUGGAACAAUAUAUUUUGUAUUCUAUAUGUUCACAGUACAAUAAUUUUGGUAAAUGUGGUUAGUUAAGGCCGUCCCUGGUCCAGCGACUUGAUAGGGAAUUGUAGGUUAAAAAGUGUUUUCUACAUCUUCUACAAUUUUUCAGAUAAAAAUUUCGUACUUGGCUUGUUUGCUGCAGUUUUACAACAGAAAUCAUCUGUCAGAUUAAUAUUGUAGAAAAAAUAUUGAUAAGUAUUUUAUUUUACGUUUUUAAAAUUAAGGAAAACAGAAAAAGUGGUCUAAAAAACAGGCUGUAAGAUAUACAAAUAUUUAGAGUCUGCAAAAUUUUUCCUUUUAAAGUAAAGACAAAAAAAGUAAGCGGUGGCAUACUGCUAAAUUUAUUAGAACAAGAAAUAUUUCGUAUUUUGCAUUUUCAGCUAUUUUUUCUGGCCGCGAGUAGGUUCACUUGCGCCUGUCUUGCGCGCGGGAGCGUGCAGCCGGCUGCCGUGUUGCCAUUACUUCGAACCCAUCCUCGGCUAACGGAAUCUGACCGCACCUCCUCCGUGCCAGUAAAUAAUCUGAAUGGUGCGGAGUACUGUGUCAACGACGAAAAGAAAGCUAAGAACAGUGCUAUCAAUUCAGAGACGCAUGGAUGUGCUGCGAAAAGCGAAAGGUUUGAAGAGAAGGUGAACCCAAAUUUUUUAUAGUUUAAAUUAUUUAUUCCAUUUACUGUAAAGUGUGUUUGGGCAAAAAAUAUUUUGUGCCAUAAUGUGCUUUACAAAAACUUCCAAUUUUUUCAAUUUGAAAUGUGAUCAAGUGACGCUUUGCAAACUAAACUAUCCUGAUUCAAGAAAUGCGUUUAUUUUUAUGUAAGUAUAAGUUAGGCAAAAAAUCCUCAGUUUAAAAGUAAGAGUAAACAAACAGUUCUACGUGGAAAAUUAGAUUUGGUAAGCAUGUAAACAAGUUAAUUUUCAACCGACUUAAAAAAGGAGGUUCUCAAUUCGGUUGUAUUGUUUUCAUUCACGUGAGUAUUAUACUGUCCAAGCCAAAUUGUUAGUUACAAUUAGCCAACUUUUAAAUUAAUUGCUGCUUAUAAAAAUAUUGUGCCUUACAAUUCAAUAUAUAUUAUUUCAGUUCCUAUGUGUAAGACUUAAAAAAUUAACAUGGCUACGUUGGGGAAUUAAACCCAUAUUCAGCGGCAAACUUAAUUUCUUAGCACCAUUCGUUACUCCGUCAAUAAUUUUUACUUAAUUCGUCUACCCUGAGAAUCUCAGUGCACUAGCUCUGAGAUCUCUUCCCCCCCCCCCCCCCCCCCCCCCUCAUUUUUUGUUGGAGUUCAAGACAAUGUGAACCAAAAGUGGAAACUUGAAACUUGUACCUUAGAUAGGUUAAAUAUUUUUUACAUAUUAUGGAACAGCUUAGAUCCGCUGUGCGAAAAGUUUCAUAAUGGAUUUCAUACUUGCAUGCUAAGGUUUACAUUAAAUAAAAGGCUCAGUAGAUUAAGCAGCCAGUAGGUACAUAUACCAUUGUAUUAUUACAUAAUAUUUUAAGUUGUUCUGUUCUUCGGAGGAAAAAGAAUAAUUGUAAAUUUUUAGACGACUUUCUGAAUGUAAUUUAAAGAUAAAUCCCUUUAUCAGGCAUUAUUUUGUUUUUACUUAGGAAGCUACAUUGAAUGAAUCCACAUAGCAAUGAGACAACAGUUUGAAAAUCUUAUUAGUUGCCUAAAAAUGAGUAUUUUAUUUAAUUUUAGUAUACCAAUAUUAGUCACCAAAAAAAUGGAAAAUGUAUUGGGGUGUGCGGUUAUUCGUAAACACGAAUAGUUGCGCAGUUAUUUAUGAACUAUUCACAUUCGGAAGUCGAAUAUCAAAGAUUAAAAUUGCUAAUAUUUACAGGCACAUCUGUAGUUGCUGGUUGUUACUCAGGUGAAGCCAAACUUCUCUUUUUUUCAUAAGAUAUUAUAGUCGUCAUUGCUUAUUUGCCGAUAUACAGUAGACUCUUAAUCAUACGACACUUCACGAUUCCAGGUAAAAGCAUCGUUAUUGUCAUUUGGACUAGUUUUGACCAUCCCCGAUCUAACCUAAUAAAAAAUGUUUUUUUCUCUUGAAUCCGUAUUCAACCUUCUCUAGCACGAAAAUAAUACACUGUUAUAUCUAACUAUUUAUUUCCCUUAGUAGAUGGCUGUCUUAUAAAAAAAAAAAACUGAUAACCUUACAAGUACAUGUAGGACCUGAAUUGAUACCAAAACAAGACGUGACACGUGACCGUUCAUCUGGCAGCUAGCAUCUACAGGAACAAUAUCAGCAUUCAAAUAAUGCAGGGUAUAUUUCACGCAAUGUUACCUCACACACUGUGUGUAUGGCAGUCCUCACCGCCGCUAUGUGCCCAGUCGUAUUGUGACGCUCCGCCAAAAAGGUUGCUUUUUUCGUUAUGAUAAUAACAAUACGUGGAAGUAAAAAUGGCAGUUACAGUUAUAGACUCUGGUUUCUACCUACUUAUUACUUUUUGGUAACCAAUGAACGUUUUAAGAUAAACACGUUUUAAAUAGCGAAACUAAACAGAUUGACAUACAAACACAUUUAUAAAUAUACGCGUUACAAUAUGAUAACACCAUCUCUUAGCACUCGCCGCCCACGACCGUGAUACCACAUUCGUGAAAUGUCAGCCUUCACGUGACACUCCUGGAAAGAGAUCUACAGAACUAUCAGGAGAUUGCCGCUACUUUCGGGCAGCUGGAGGAAUGUCUGCCUCAAGUGGUGUGGGUAUGUACGUGUGAGGACGCUCAGUGACAACACGGAACGAAGCGCUGAAUCUCAACAGUAGGCCGUCGACCUUGGGUAGCUAACACAAGCUGGCUGGUAGUAGGGCCUAUAGUUCUCUUGAAGAGGAUCUCAACACGCGGCACCCAUGAGUGCAACAAGUUAUUUUCCAGCCUACUUCCUUCAAAUUUUACAAAUUCUCAACUCCCCGCCACCCCUCCGUUAUUCAUUGCGGUCAUGGAAUUUGGAUUUUAAUUUUAAUUUUAAAAAGUACAACACUGCACUUUUUAAUAUUUCUAUCUGAGAAAUGUGCAUAUUAAUGAUGCUUACAUUGCUUCAAUAGUUAAUAAACAUGGUACAAUUUUCACUUUGUCUGCAAAAGUUAAUAUGGUAUUACUAUUUUCACUACAUGUGUUCUGUAUUGUUAUGUAUCUAUCUAAGUGAAAAUGUAAGAUAAUUUUUUGACCUUGAAAUUAUUCGCAAUAAAUUUAAAAAAAAAUCCUGUUCGAUUCAAAAUUUUCGACCACCAAAAUACACUAUUCGCACAACCCUAUAAUGUGAUAGAUUUGUGUAGUGAAAUAUGUGUACAUGUGAAUUGCAUACGUUUUCUUAACGUUACUACUACGAUGAUUUUUUUAAAAUUUAGUUUCGGCAAAGACAACUUUCCAAGAAAAUGAUAGAGAAUGGAAAAAAAACUAGCUAUUGACAUAGGGAACGUAGAAAAUAAUACACCACAUAUUAGUGUCGUAGGGGACGGCGGCUGGAAUAAGAGGACUGACUGACAUAGUUUCAAUUUAAGUGUAGUGGUGAGUUAUCUUCCUGUUUACACCAAUGCUUCCUUUAUAGUCUGUUGUUCUUAAAAUAAAAUAUUUCAGUACUUACAACAUCCAGUCAAAAUGUGCAUGUUAACAUUUUCUUUUUUUUUAAGAAUUGCAUUAUCAGAGCCGAAACAAACCAACUCUUGUACCUGGGAGUGAAAAGGAAGUAUUGCUUCGCAUGCGAAUUUGCAAGACUCAAAGACAAAAAGGUGAAUGAACAUCUUUGCUUUAAAAACUAUAGUGGUCCAAGCACUGUAAUGGAACAAACUAUAAUAGUAGAAGGGUUCUGCGGGAGUGUUGAGCAUCACUUGUUAAAAUACUUACUUUGGUGACGGAGAUUCAGUGUUUACUCUAGAAUAAAGCAGCGAGUUCCUUACGGAAGGGAAGUCAUAAAAAUUGAGUGUGCAAACCACAUUGUAAAAAAAACCAUUUUCACAAAUUUUCCAGAAAUAUGUCAUUUCCACCAUCUGCGCGUCGUUUGCUUGAAUCAACAAUAGUAAGAUUAAAAUCCGGCGCUAGAAAAGCAAUCGAAAUUGCUGGAACAUAUCUUGUUGGUACAUCUAUCGUUCGAUUAAAACUUGACAUAAAAAAUGGUUUUCAUCAUGUAUUCGGUUGUCACGAAAACUGCCGUGUAGAAUACUGAAAAAGAAAAAAUACCAAUGAAAAUUUUGUGACAUUUGUGAAAGAGUCGGGGAUUAUGGAAGCUAUUGAAAAGGCUCUUGAUCCUAUGGUAAUGAAAUCUGAUAGACUCGUACUUAACAAAAAUAAAAAUCAGGUUGAGUGAUAUAUGAGUAUGUUAGCUAAGUUUUCAGGUGGAAAACGGGUAAACUUUGCUAAAAGAGGCUCUUAUCACGCUCGUUGUAUGGGAGCUGGACUGGCCCAUGUCAGAGGUCCUAGGUGGCACUUCAUCCCAUGGAAAAACAAAUUUGGUCGAAGCCCAGGAAAAUACUUCCAAACAGUUUUAAAAAUUAGCUGUCUCCAGUAUGAAGAUGGCCCUCCAAAUAAAAAGAGACGACUAAACAACACUCCUGGUCCUGAUUUGGAGUAUGGUCCAAGUGCUGAAGACAUUUUGUGUCCUGAAGACAUUUUGUGUCCUGAAGACGUGUUGAGUCCUGAAAAACUUGAUACAAAGAUGAAGUUUAUCCUCGAAAACCUGAAUCGGGAUGCAACAACAUAAAAAAAUAUUCAUGAGUUGGAAAGAAGGAAGUACUGUUGGUCAACACGAGAACACUAAAUGGAGGGAUGCUUCUAUGAACAGACUUACAGCAUAUAGUUUCGGUUUUGUGGUAAAAAGAACACAUAAAUCCUGUCACUGUCUAGUAAAAUAAAUUUUGUAUCACAGGGAGAUAAAUUCCAAAGCCGUUCAGUUUGGACGAGUUAACGAAAAAUGUGGCUAAGAAUAUGUAAUCCAAACUAAAAAAUGUCGAAGUCGAAGAUUGUGGCUUUUUUUUGUGCACCCAAGCUUUUCAUUUCUCGGAAUAUCUCCAGAUGUACUAGUGGCAGACGAUGGUUUGCUGGAAGUUAAAUGGUUAUUUUCAGCUGGUGACGAUAAAUUAAAGUACUAUAUUUCAAAAAAGAAAAAAAA